AUGAUGCAGCGUAAAAGCCCGGUGCGCUCGUGUGGGGAACGAACUCAACGCUCCCAAUACCACCAAACCAUCAUCUACAACUCAGCGGCGAUUGGAUGGCCGGUUAAACGGGAGGCCAAGGCCGAGCUCGGUGAGGAUGCUGCUUCCGAUAUCUGA